AUGCUCCUUAUCCUAGUGUAUCUCCAUUUAUUAUUCUUAUUGCUUGAUCUAUCCAAUCAAUACACGCUAGUAACUCCAGAACACACACCACAGCUACCAUGGCUGAUUCUACGCCUGCACUCACUGUUGAGGAAUGCCUCGGGAAAUCCACCAACAUACAAAGAGGUCAACGCACUGGACAUUGCAAAUUUCCGCAAUGCCACCAAAGUCUCCUCACCAAACAGAGGAGGCCAACUGGGUCAUGUGGGCCUAACAAUGACUGCACCAGACUAUGCCCUCAUUUCCCCCACCGCCGCAUGGGUCAAUCCGAUUCCACCAGCACCCACAUUCACUACCCAACAUAAUGUGUCCCUAGCACUCAAAAAGCUCAUUGACAACGCGGUCCCCAACGAAUACCUGGACAAAAUCCGGCAUCCAUAUCUCAACCUAUUGCCGAUCAGUAUCCCCAACAUCUUUGCCCAUCUCUACCAGCAACCAUCCAGCAAUGUCACACCUGAAGCUAUUGAGGAGCGACGCCUAUCCAUAGAAAGACAGAAAUAUUCCAUUGAUGAAGAACUCACCACAUAUUUCAAACGACUCCAAGACUAUCAGACAUUUGCUGCCCAAGGAGGCGAGGAGGUCACUGACAACAACCUCAUGACCAUCGCUGUCCGUCACAUCCGCGCCACCAAACAUUUCAACCAGGACUGCCAAGAUUGGAAUGCCAGAGCCGCCGACACUAAAACGUGGACACUCUUAAAAGCAUUCUUCCAACAAGCACAAUGCAAAUUACCAAGCCGCCAACCAACUUCUCACCCAACAGCAAUGAUAAGUGCCAUUAUGGCAUGA